AAAAGUGGACACAAAGUGGAGUAAAGACUACAAGGAAAGAGGGAGGGAGGGAGGAAGAAAGAAAGAGAAUUUGGUGGGAUUGGCUUUUUUUUCUUUUAAGAAUGGAGAGGAGGGAAGGACAUUGUGAUUUGUAAGGCACAGCACAUGAGCAGAGCAUGCAGCCAGCAGCAGCCCCCUCUCCCUGUCUGUGCUCUAUCAUUGCUCACAUCUGCAGCCCUGCUUGCAGGGGAUAAUGGAACACUAGUUUGGGGAAAGAAGCAAUCUUCUUCAGCAUAAGGUUGUAAGUGGAGAAGAAAGAAAGGGAAAAAAAUAUUGAAUCUUAUUGUUUCUUUUUUUCCAAAACAUAGAACAAUAGGCAGUUUCCAGGUGACAAUGUUGCGCUUGGCUUGCCUUUGUUGUUGCUUUUCUCUGGUCUGCAGCUGGACAAGCUUUCAGCACCAGGUUCCUGCCUACAGGAGCUCUCCUUCCCAAGUUUUCCACCUCUUAGCAGACAACAGAAAGCCACAGCCACCAACAGACAGCACAGAGAACAAAGUAGAAAAGCUAGGACAGUAUUUCAAGAAGAACGUCAGGAGGCUGAGAGAGAAGAGCAGGAACCUUGACUUAGUUUUUCUGGUGGAUGAGUCUUCUAGCGUGGGGCACUCAAACUUCGUCAAUGAGCUGAGGUUUGUGAAGAAGCUCUUGUCUGACUUCCCCGUGGUGCCUUCUGCAACCAGAGUGGCCAUUGUAACUUUCUCGUCCAAGAACAACGUGCAAUCCAGAGUGGACUACAUCUCCACCAGCCAGCCCCACCAACAUAAGUGCUCUCUACUUAACAGGGAAAUUCCUGCUAUCACCUAUAAGGGAGGUGGGACCUACACCAAGGGAGCCUUUCAGCAAGCUGCGCAAAUACUAAAGCAUUCUCGGAGAGAUUCGAGUAAGGUUAUAUUUCUUAUCACUGAUGGCUACUCCAAUGGUGGUGAUCCGAGACCUGUUGCAGCCAAUCUGCGGGACCUUGGAGUGGAGAUCUUUACUGUUGGUAUAUGGCAGGGCAAUAUCAGAGAGCUACAUGACAUGGCCUCUCACCCAAAGGAAGAACACUGCUACCUUCUACAUAGCUUUGCUGAAUUUGAGGCACUGGCGAGACGAGCUCUCCACGAAGAUCUGCCAUCUGGUAGUUACAUUCAGGAAGAUAAUUCUCAUUGCUCCUACCUGUGUGAGGCAGGAAAAGAUUGUUGUGAUGUCAUGGCAAGCUGCAAGUGUGGAACACACACUGGCCAAUAUGAAUGCAUCUGUGAGAAGGGAUACUAUGGCAAAGGACUGCAGUAUGAAUGUACCGCAUGUCCAUCGGGAACAUACAAGCCUGAAGGUUCUCCAGGAGGAGUGAGCACUUGCAUUCCGUGUCCUGAUCCAAAUCACACCUCUCUGCCGGGGAGCACAUCCAUUGAUGACUGCUUCUGCAAGGAGGGGUAUGAACAGAGUGGUGAGGUCUGCAAAGUUGUCCACUGUCCAGAAUUACUGCCCCCUGAGAAUGGCUAUUUUGUCCAGAACAGCUGUAACAAUCACUUUGAUGCUGCAUGUGGAAUCCGAUGCAAGACGGGGUUUGAGUUAGUUGGAAGUAGCAUUCGGCUUUGUCAACCAAAUGGACUGUGGUCAGGAUCCCAGGCAACCUGCCGAGUGAAGACAUGUCCAAAACUUCAUAGAAUUGAACACAGUAGCGUAAACUGUUCAGGAGGUGAUAUAUCAUAUGGAACUGUGUGCUCUGUGACAUGUAAUGAGGGAUAUAAAUUGGAAGGAAGUUCCAGACUCUAUUGUCAAGGAAAUUCACAAUGGGAUUCUAGAGAACCUCACUGUAAAGAGAUCCAUUGUUCCAGUUUCACGAAACCAAAAAAUGUUCUAAUAUUACCCCUAAAUUGUGGACAAGAACCAGCUGUAUUUGGAUCUACGUGCCACUUGAGAUGUCAAAAAGGUUUCUUGUUAUUUGGCGUCAGUCAUGAAGUGAAAUGCAUUGGGGAUGGAAAAUGGAGCGAAGAUGUUCAAAAAGCCACGUGCAAAGAUGUGGAACCCCCUGAAAUCAACUGUCCAGAUGACAUUGUGGCUCAGAACAUUGAACACCAGAAUUCAGCCCAUGUAGACUGGAGUGCACCCGUAGCCGAGGACAAUUCUGGUGAAGAAGUAUCUAUUCAGGGCAGUCCAGCGUUCCUACCCCCUCAUAUGUUUCCAAUUGGAGAAGUGAUGGUUACUUAUACAGCCACUGAUACAUCUGGUAAUCAGGCAAGCUGCACAUUUAAGAUCAAGGUUAUUGAUGUGGACCCCCCAGUUAUUGACAGGUGCCGAUCCCCACCAGCAAUACAAGCGACUGGUGAUACACAAAGUGCAACAUGGGAGGAACCGCAAUUCUCAGACAAUUCUGGUUCACCUUUAAUCGUAACAAAAACUCAUUCACCUGGAUAUUUUUUCCCUCACGGAGAAACCAUUGUUCAGUAUAUUGCGACAGAUCCAUCUGGAAACAGCAGGACCUGUGAGAUUCAUAUUGUCAUUAAAGGUUCACCUUGUGAGAUUCCAGCUACUCCACAGAAUGGAGAAUAUGUCUGUUCCAAAGAUGUGGAAGGUGUGAACUGUACUUUAGUGUGUCGGGAAGGCUAUGCUGUGGCAGAGGGAUCAGUCCAGAACUUUUACUGUGCACUGAGCGAUGGGCUGUGGAGGCCACCACAUACAACUGACUGGCCAGAAUGUUCAGUAAAGAGAUACGCUAACAACGGUUUUAAAUCAUUCGAGAUGCUCUAUAAGGCAACACGAUGUGAUGACAGCAAUAUCCUGAAAAAUCUUGCAGAUGCUUUCCAGAGUUCCCUUGGUAAAAUGGUUCCUUCAUUUUGUAGUGAUGUCGAUGACAUUGAUUGCCGACUCGAGGAUCAAUACCAGAGACAGUGCCUUGAAUACAAUUAUGAUUAUGAAAAUGGAUUUGCCAUAGGGCCUGGUGGAUGGGGAGGUGGCAAUAGGCUGGAUUAUGCCUAUGAUGAUUUUUUUGAUGUAACGGAUGAAGAAGAAACAGAAAAGCCUCUGUCUGAUUCCGCACAUGCAGCACCACUACGUGUUAAGAGACACAAAAAGAGACCGAAUAUCCCUACGACAGACCAGAAAGUUAAAUUUGUUUUUAACAUAACAGCCAGUGUACCACUACCAACUAGAAGAAAUGACACCUUGGAAUCGGAAAACCAACAUCGUCUCCUCAAAACCUUAGAAACCAUAACAAAUAGACUCAAGAGAACUCUUAGAAAGGAGCCUCUGCACACAAUCCAGUUUUCAUCAGAGGUGAUCAUUGCUGACAGUAACUCUCUGGAAGAAGGGAAAGCCUUUCUGUUCUGCAGGCCAGGCACAGUGUUAAAAGGACGAAUGUGUGUGAACUGCCCCAAGGGGACAUAUUAUUCAUUGGAGCACAAUACGUGUGAAAGCUGCUGGAUCGGCUCAUAUCAGAAUGAAGAAGGACAGAUGGAUUGUAAAAGCUGCCCUGUCGGCACUUAUACUGAAUAUCUUCAUUCAAAACAUCCCAAAGAAUGCAGAGCACAGUGUAAGCCAGGAACGUACUCAUCAAAUGGUCUUGAAACAUGCGAAUCAUGUCCACAUGGUACCUACCAGCCCACAUUUGGCUCCAGGUUUUGUACGUCUUGUCCCAAGGGAAUGUCAACAGUGAAACGGGGAUCUGUGGAUGUCUCAGAAUGUGGAGUUCCGUGCCAUGCUGGGGAAUUUUCACGGACUGGGUUAGUGCCAUGUUAUCCUUGUCCCAGGGACUACUAUCAACCUGAACCAGGCAAAUCUUACUGUUUGUCAUGUCCGUUUCAUGGGACAACUACUAUUCACGGAGCAAGAUCAAUAACUGACUGUUCAAGCUUUGGCUCCAGUUUCUCGGCAGCGGAGGAAGGUGUAAUGAUUCCCGUUUCUUCAGAAAGUGUCAACGGCAAUUACAAAGUCGCCAGUCAGGUUUUCAAUGAGUGUUUACUAAAGCCUUGCCAGAAUGGUGGAACAUGCAAACAGGUUGGAACUGGAUAUAUUUGCACAUGUCCUAAAGGCUACACAGGAGCAAAGUGCGAUAUUGACAUUGAUGAGUGUCAUGGCACUCCAUGCAAAAACAACGGAAUCUGUUUUGAUCAAAUCGGGGAGUACAAAUGCAAAUGCCUUUCUGGAUACACAGGUCCCCAGUGUGAAGAGAAUGUAAAUGAAUGUAGCUCCAGUCCCUGUUUAAAUGAGGGGAUCUGCAUUGAUGGAAUUAAUAUGUACCUCUGUCGGUGUGCAAAUGGAUUUCUUGGGCCACGAUGCGAAAUUGAAAUUGAUGAAUGCUUAUCCAAGCCUUGUUUAAAUAAUGGUUAUUGUGAAGAUUUGAAGGCAGAUUUCCAGUGCGUUUGUCCACCUGGAUUUACCGGCAAAAUUUGUGACAAAGACGUUGACGAGUGUCAGAGCGGACCUUGCAAGAAUGGGGCCUCGUGCACUGAUGGUAUUGACAGCUUCAGGUGUCAGUGCUUAGAGGGUUUUGCUGGAGAAGUAUGCGAAAUCAAUGUGGAUGAGUGCCAGUCAAGUCCCUGCCUUAACCAUGCUACUUGCGUAGAUGGCUUGAACUCAUACUCCUGUAAAUGCCCACCAGGAUUUUCUGGAACCAGGUGUGACACAGAACAGUCUUCUGGAUUUAACCUGGAUUUUGAAGUCUCUGGAAUAUAUGGUUAUGUCAUGCUUGACAAUAUCUUACCAACGAUGAGUGCCAUAACCUGUGCAUUCUGGAUGAGGUCUUCUGACACUACCAACUAUGGAACUCCUAUAUCCUACGCAAUAGACAAGAGUGACAAUGCUUUCCUACUUACGGACUAUAAUGGGUGGGUACUAUAUGUCAAUGGGAAGGAAAGGAUUACAGAUUGCCCUCCUGUGAAUGAUGGAAAAUGGCAUCAUAUUGCUGUGUCUUGGACAAGUAUGGAUGGGUCCUGGAAGGUGUACAUCGAUGGAAGCCUAUCAGAUGGUGGAAAAGGUUUAUCAGUGGGGUCAAGUAUACCUGGUGGUGGUGCAUUAGUUCUAGCACAAGAACAAGACAAAAGAGGAGAAGGUUUUAAUCCUGCAGAAUCAUUUGUGGGGUCAAUCAGUCAGCUUAAUAUCUGGGACUACCCAUUAUCACCAGAUCAGGUCAAAUCUUUGGCUGUUUCGUGUCCAUAUGAACUUCAAAAGGGAAAUGUACUUGCUUGGGCUGAUUUCCUACCAGGAGUAGUCGGAAGAGCGAAAGUCGACCGUAAGAGCAAAUUCUGCUCGGAUUGUCCCGUCUUGGAGGGGUCGUCACCUCAUUUGCGCACGUCACCAAGUGAUCUCAAACCAGGGUCAAUAAUUAGCUUGUUCUGUGAUCCCGGCUACCAGAUCGUAGGCAAAUCUGAGCAUGUCUGUCUUAAUGUUGGAGAGUGGGAUCAACCUCUCCCCCAUUGUGAACGAAUCAGCUGUGGAAUACCACCACGUUUGGAGAAUGGUUUUUAUAAUGCUGAGGACCUGCAUGCUGGCAGCACAGUAACUUACCAGUGCAACGUUGGUUACUACCUAUUGGGUGACUCAAGGAUGUUCUGUACAGACAAUGGGAGCUGGAAUGGAAUUUCUCCAUUGUGCCUAGAUGUGGAUGAAUGUGCAGUUGGAUCAGACUGUGAUGAGCAUGCUACCUGUAAAAAUACCAAUGGCUCCUAUAUAUGUACUUGCAUGGCACCCUACAGCGGCAAUGGCAAAAAAUGCUUAGAACCUGUAAAGUGUAAAGAUCCAGGAGGACUGGAAAAUGGCAACUAUUCCGGUAACCAGUUUGGUGUUGGAAGUGAAUUGAUGUUUUCGUGUCAUGAGGGCUAUGAAUUAGUUGGAAGAAUGAAGGUGACGUGUUUAGAGUCUGGUGACUGGGAUGAUGUAAUACCGUACUGCCAAGCUGUAUCUUGCAGUGAAGCUCCCAUUCCUGAAAAUGGCUAUAUUUUGGGAUCCAAUUUCACAUAUGGCAAAACCGUUUUUUUCAGGUGCAAUGAGGGAUACACUUUAAUUGGUAAUGAAGAGACUGUUUGCCUCGCUAAUGGUUUUUGGAGCAAGGAUGUCCCGUCUUGUGAAUCUGUCACAUGCCCAAAGCCAAAGGAAAUAGACAAUGGGACAUUCAAAUUGAGUGGCAUAACAUUCAAGUCUACUGUGUCUUACACGUGCAAUACAGGAUACAGCUUGCAGGGCCCUUCAACUUUGAUUUGUGAAGCCUCUGGCAGGUGGAAUGAAGAAGCUCCUUCAUGUCAGCUUGUAUCGUGUGGUCCCCCACUUCAUGUGAGAGAUGCAGUCAUGACUGGGGAAGACUUCACUUUCGCAAAUUCAGUAACCUACAAAUGUAAAGAAGGCUACACCCUAGUUGGUCCGGAAACCAUAAGUUGUUUGUCUACAGGAAAAUGGAGUGAAAAUACCCCACAGUGCAUGGCUGUUUCAUGUGACGAACCUCCCAACGUUGACCAUGCUUCUUCUCACAGUGCUCAUCGGCUGUAUGGCGACAUUGCAUAUUACUAUUGCUCUGAUGGCUAUAGCAUGGCUGAUAACUCAAAGAUGCUGUGUAAUGCCCAAGGGAAGUGGGUACCACCUCAUGAUAAAGAAGCACCGCACUGCAUAGCUGAUUUUUGUGAGAAGCCUUCUGCUGUGGCAUACAGCAUCUUGGAAUCCCUAAACAAAGCAAAAUUUGUUUCUGGCACCACAGUUACCUUCAAAUGUAUGGAAGGGUUUGUGCUUAAUACAUCUGCUAAGAUAGAAUGUGUUCGUGGUGGACAGUGGAAUCCCUCACCUUUAAGUAUACAGUGCAUUCCGGUACGGUGUGGAGAACCAGACAGCAUCAAAAAUGGAUAUGUCAGUGGAACCAACUAUAGCUUUGAUGCAGUGGUGGCUUACAGUUGUAAUAAAGGCUACUACAUAAAAGGAGAGAAGAAAAGGACAUGCCAGGCAUCUGGGGAAUGGAGUGGACGCUUACCAACAUGCCACCCAGUGGUUUGUGGAGAUCCUCCUCAAAUUGAAAAUGGGGUUGUAGAGAUCAAAACUGGACUUGUUUUUGAAAAUGAGGUGAUAUACUCCUGCAAGCCUGGUUAUAAGCUACUUGGAAGUAAUUUGAGAGUAUGCCAGUCCAAUCGCCACUGGUACAGUGAGUCACCACCAUCAUGCGUCCUUCUCAGUUGCGAGAAACCUCCACCACUGCAAAAUGGUUACAUCACAGGGGAUAAUUUGAAUGUGGGCUCAAAAGUUGAAUUUGUGUGUGAUGAGGGCUAUGAACUGAUUGGCGACACAAGCUGGACUUGUCAGAAAAAUGGGAAAUGGGACAAAAAUCGUAUUCCCACAUGCAUACCAUCAAAAUGUCAAGAACCCCCCCUGUUAGAAAACCAGUUAGUCUUGAAAGAAGAUGUUAAUGACAUAGGAGUUGUAAAAUUUUCUUGCAGAGAAGGGUUUGUGUUACAGGGACCUUCAGUGUUAAAGUGCUUAAGAUCAAACCAAUGGAAUGAUUCAUUCCCUCUGUGUGUUCUUGUCUUGUGUCCAAAACCACCAGAUAUUGAUUUUGGAGAUCCUAGGCCAGUCACAUCUCUUCACUUUGGCAGUACAGUAAAAUAUUCUUGUAUGGAUGGAUUUCUGCUUAAAGGUGAAUCUGAAAUUACUUGCAAUGCAAAUGGAAAAUGGAGUUCGGACCUCCCACAUUGUAUUCCAGUCGAGUGUCCACAACCAGAAGAAAUACCUAAUGGAAUUCUAGAUGUCCAAGGGCUUACAUAUCUUAGCACAGUACUUUACACAUGCAAGCCUGGAUAUGACCUUGUUGGCAAUACAACCUUAAUUUGCGGUGCUGAUGGUGUUUGGCUAGGUGGAAAACCAAUGUGCAAAGCCCUUGAAUGUCCACCUGCCAAAGAAAUUCAUAAUGGGAAAAUUUCUUCCCAAAAUCUUCAUUAUGGUCAGACUGUAAAUUAUGUGUGUAAUAGAGGAUUCAGGCUUAAAGGACAGAAUAUGUUGACUUGCUUGGAGACAGGAGAAUGGGAUAGUGACCCACCAUAUUGCAAAGAAAUAACCUGUGAACCUCCUCAAGCAAUUGAGAACGGCUUUGUAGAAGGGGCAGAUUACCGCUUUGGGGCCAUGAUUAUGUAUAGCUGUAUGCCUGGAUUCCAGUUAACCGGAUCUGCCAUGCAAACUUGUGAAGAGUCUGGGUGGUCUAGCUCUACUCCCGUGUGCCUGCAAACAGAUUGUGGGCUUCCACCCCAUAUUGAUUUUGGGCACUAUACGAAAAUCAUUUAUAGUGAAAUUGUUAAAGAGGAAAUACUUGUCUCAAAUACAAUUAUACCCCAAAUAGCACCAAGCAGUAGGAAGGACCAUGGCCAUUCACUUAGAGAGAUAAACAGUGACCUUUCUGAAUUUUUAUAUGGAACACAUAUUUUGUACACUUGCUUCAGUAGCUAUGAAAUUCUAGGACCACCUGUAUUAACCUGCCAGGAGGAUGGAACUUGGAAUGGUAGUGCUCCUGUGUGCUCUCCCAUUGAAUGCAGUAUUCCUACAGCUCCAGAAAAUGGCAUGAUGAAUUACACUGGUAAUAUGGUUGGUAACACUGUUAAUUUUGACUGUAAACCAGGUUAUCAGCUGAUUGGCUCAGAUAAUAGUUUUUGUUUAUCCAACAGGAAAUGGAGUCAUGAAAUCCCACUUUGUGUUCUUAUUGCAUGUAAAGCACCAAAUGAAAUUCUGAAUGGAUACAUUGAGGCCUUCAAUUACACUUAUAUGGGUGUAAUCUAUUACAAGUGUGACAUAGGAUAUGAAAUGCAUGGUUCAGGCAAGCGUACAUGCCAAGGGAACGGAAAGUGGGAUGGUGAUGAACCAAUUUGCAUCCCUGUUUUUUGUGGACAGCCAGCGGUCCUAAAAAAUGGCCAAAUAAAAGGCAAUGAAUAUACUUAUGGGAAAGAUGUUGAGUAUGAGUGCAAUGAGGGUUACAGACUUAAUGGAGACCCAAAGAGAACCUGUCUUGAAACUGGAAACUGGAGUGGAACUAUGCCAUUUUGCACAUUAAUUACCUGUGAAAUACCAACUACUAUAGCAAAUGGGGUGGUCAGUGGAACAGAUUACAGAAUUGGAAGACAAAUACUAUACAAAUGUAAUGAGGGCUAUAAAUUGCAUGGCACAGCAAAACUAACUUGUUUAAGUGAUGGCACAUGGGAUGAACAAGCUCCUCUCUGCGACCCUAUAAAUUGUGGGCCUCCAGAGGAUAUUUCAUAUGGAUUAUUAACAAGCUCAGGUUUUAAUUAUAAUGAAUAUGUUGAAUAUUCCUGUUUUCCUGGUUAUGAGAUCCAAGGUAGUCCAUCUCGACAGUGCUUAGCUACCGGUUUAUGGAGUGGAAGCCCACCCACAUGCAUACCAUGUGAAUGCCCCACACCAGUAAUUCAUAAUGGAGUUGUUACUGGAAAGGAUUUUACCUGUGGGCAUUCGGUUAUCAUUAGAUGCAAUGAGGGAUUUAAAUUGCUUGGACCCUCUGAAUUAAACUGUGAGUCUGCAGGAAAAUGGAGCUCUGGAUUUCCUCAUUGUGGGAAGAUUUCAUGCGGACCACCACCAUUGAUAUUAAAUGCUUUUAUCAAUGGCACCAGCACAACAGAUGAAAAUGCAAUCAGAUACAGCUGUGACACUGGCUAUAUCAUGCAAGGGAAAUCAGAGCUGGUUUGCACAGAAGAAGAACAAUGGAGUAAGCCCUAUCCGAGUUGCCAGUUACUAUCUUGUGGGAGACCCCCUAGCGUUUCACACGCACUGAUAACAGGUGGAUCUUACACCUUUGGAAGCGUAGUUGAAUACAGAUGUGAAGAGGGUUAUAUGAUUGACGGACACAUGGCAACAAGAACCUGCCAGGAAGAUGGAUCUUGGUCCAAGGAGGAGAUUACCUGUAUUCCACUGAGAUGUUCCAUUAAAACUAAUAAAGUAAAACUAAAAACUCCUGAAACAGAGUAUGAGGUCAACAGAACCAUAACAAUUACAUGCAAAGAAGGCCACGAAUUAUCUGGACCAGGCACUUUAACUUGUUCGAGUAACGCUACCUGGAUUCCUCCUCUUUUUGAUGACAUAUGUAUACCUGUGUCGUGUGGACAACCAGAUGCGCUAGAACAUGGAAUGAUCAUUGGCACAAGAUACUUGUACCAGGAUAGCAUCAUGUAUCAGUGUAAUGCCGGCUAUGAAUUACAUGGUCCUGCAGAAAGAGUCUGCCAGUCCAGUAAAUCAUGGAGUGGAGUUAAACCUCAGUGCAAAAGAAUUUCCUGUGAUCCUCCAGAACAUGUGGAAAAUGGAAAAAAUUCUGUCAUGGGAUAUUUCUUUGGAGAUGAAGUUCACUACAGUUGCAAUGAUGGCUUUGAAUUACAAGGACCAAGUCGUAGAGUCUGUCAUGUUGAUAAGCAGUGGAGUCCUCCUUCUCCAACGUGUGUGAAGACAAGAUGUGAAGCUCCACACUUGUUAGAACAUGGAGGUGUUGAAUAUGAGAAUGUCACUGCUGGCAGUAUAGUGAGAUACCACUGCCAUUAUGGAUACACUCUAGAGGGAGCACCUCUUGCCGAAUGUACAGCAAGUGGGAACUGGAGCCAUCCUCGGCCAUUUUGCAAACCAAAUCCAUGUCCUGUGCCAUUUGUAAUCCCCGAGAAUGCUGUUCUGACAGAAACAGAGUUCUAUGUUGGCCAGGUCUUGUCCAUCAAAUGUCGUAAGGGCUAUCAGCUCCAGGGCCGAGCUGUCAUAACCUGCAGUGCUGACGAGACUUGGACAGAUACAAAAGCAAAAUGCGAAAAAAUUUCCUGUGGCCCUCCAGUUCAGGUACAGAAUGCCAUUCUGCGAGGUUUCUACCAUCAUUAUGGCGACAUGGUGACAUAUUCCUGCUAUAGUGGAUAUAUGCUAGAGGGAUCAUUUAGAAGUGUUUGUUUAGAUAACGGGACGUGGACCACACCUCCAGCCUGUAAAGCUGUGUGCCGAUUUCCAUGUCAGAACGGUGGUGUUUGUGAAAGGCCAAAUGCAUGUUCAUGUCCAGAUGGCUGGAUGGGACGCCUCUGCGAGGAGCCUAUAUGCAUCCUGCCUUGCUUGAAUGGAGGUCGCUGCACUGCACCGUAUAGAUGUGACUGUCAGCCAGGAUGGACUGGAUCUCGCUGUCAUCUUGCUGUGUGUCAGUCUCCUUGUUUAAACGGAGGUAGGUGUGUAAGACCAAACAGAUGCCAUUGUCCUCCAAGCUGGACUGGUCCGGACUGCUCCAGGAAAAGAAAAAGCGGAUUUUCUCCAUUUUAGCAGUGAAUGAAUUUGUCACACAAAAGGGAAGCCAUUUCAUCCUGAAUAUUAUCUGGGUGCAUUUGAAUUCAAAUUUUGAGUGUUAUAAUGUGAUAUAUUUUAGUAAGCUUUAAGUUUUUUUAAAAAAUAACAAAAUAAUUCAUCUGUAUUUUCAUAUGCAAAUGUGCUUUAAUUAUGUGCUGCUGAAGGUUGAAUGUUAAUUAGAAAUGAUUACUGUAUAUAUUUUCAUCACUGCUACAGUUCACCAAAGUAUAUGUAUGUUAUAUAUUUCACUGCCUAAUAGUAUUUUGCUGCAUAUGAAGAAUAGACAUUUCCCAGAACAAUCAUCUUAAAACUGCAACUCCCAUUGUCAGGGUUGGAUUCAUAUUCUAGGCAUCCAAAGGGACAAACCGUACCAAAAUAUCCUUGUAUCCAAUACCCUUAAAAUAUGUGGUAAGCUAAGCAAGUAUCUAUUGUUGCAUUUUGGGCAAUAUCGCCCCACGCCAUGCUCAGCUAGCCAAAGGCCAAUGAUAAGGAAAAUCGUUUUCUUCAACCCAUGGCAAUAUAUCGAACGAAGAUCUAUUCGGUGUUAGUACAAAACUUUUUAUUUUAUUGAACUGUCAGAAAAUAAGAUCAGCAAGUACGUAAGUAUGGUUAUAAUUAUUGUGUUCAUUAUAUUUGUUUCAUAUUUUUGUUAAUGUCUGUUUAAGAAAAGGCAAAUCUGUUACAUUUUAUAAUAAAAAGACAGAACUCU